AUGAAGACCGCCUGCGCCGCCGCCGCCUAUCGAUGCCUGGCCAAGGAGGCGGGCAGCAGCUGCGCCAUGAACCCGGAGCUGACAAUGGAGCCGCUGCACGGGCCGCCGCUGCACGCGCCGCCCGGCCAUGAGCCCGAGCUGCUGGGCAGCCCCAGCCCGCACCACCACCCGCCGCCCGGCCGGCCCGCCGGCGCCCUGCGCGUCCACCCGCCGCCCGGCCCGCCGCCGCCGCCCCACCAGGAGCUGGCGGCGGCCUCGUCGCGCUCGGCCAUGGUGAGCAGCAUGGCCUCGCUGCUGGACGGCGCGGGCGACUACCGGCCCGAGCUGUCCAUCCCGCUGCACCACGCCAUGAGCAUGCCCUGCGACUCCUCGCCGCCCGGCAUGGGCAUGACCAGCACCUACACCACGCUGACGCCGCUCCAGCCGCUGCCGCCCAUCUCCACCGUCUCGGACAAGUUCCACCACCCGCACGCCCACCACCACCACCACCACCACCCGCACGCCCACCACCACCCCCAGCGCCUGCCGGGCAACGUCAGCGGCAGCUUCACCCUCAUGCGCGACGAGCGCGGGCUGCCGGCCAUGAACAACCUCUACGGGCCCUACAAGGAGAUGGCCGGCAUGGGCCAGAGCCUCUCUCCGCUGGGCAACGGCCUGGGCGCGCUGCACAACAGCCCGCAGGGCCUCCCCAACUACGCGCCCGCGGGCCACGACAAGAUGCUCAGCCCCGGCUUCGACACGCACCCGGCCAUGCUGGCCCGCGGCGAGCAGCACCUCCCGCGCGGCCUGGCCACCCCGCCGGCGCCCAUGAUGGCCCACCUCAACGGCAUGCACCACCCGGGCCACGCGCAGGCCCACGGGCCCGUGCUGGCCUCGGCCCGCGAGAGGCCGCCCUCCUCCUCGGGCGCGCCGGUCGGCAACUCGGGCCAGCUGGAGGAGAUCAACACCAAAGAAGUGGCGCAGCGCAUCACGGCCGAGCUGAAGCGCUACAGCAUCCCGCAGGCCAUCUUCGCCCAGCGGGUGCUGUGCCGCUCUCAGGGGACCCUUUCCGACCUCCUAAGGAACCCUAAACCUUGGAGUAAACUCAAAUCGGGCAGGGAGACUUUCCGCAGGAUGUGGAAGUGGCUGCAGGAACCCGAGUUCCAGAGGAUGUCAGCCCUGAGACUCGCCGCAUGCAAACGUAAAGAACAAGAACCAAACAAAGACAGGAACAACUCCCAGAAGAAAUCUCGUCUGGUUUUCACCGAUCUCCAACGAAGAACACUUUUUGCCAUCUUCAAAGAGAACAAACGUCCGUCCAAAGAAAUGCAGAUCACCAUCUCUCAACAGCUGGGCUUGGAACUUACUACUGUCAGUAACUUCUUCAUGAAUGCUCGGAGGCGGAGUCUCGAGAAAUGGCAGGAUGAUCUCAGCACCGGGGGAUCUUCCUCAACCUCCAGCACUUGUACCAAAGCAUGAUCGAAGAGCAGAAUCUAAAUUGGGCACGAAUCAACUAAUAUGUAUUAAAAGAAACGGAUUCUUAACGGGGCCCUUCACUGGUGACUUGAAAGCACAGUUCUCUUAGCCAGUAAUACUAAUUUACAGCAUAGGACAUUCAAUUUUAUUUAAAUGACUAUUUGUUUUUUUUUUAAAUGUACAAGUCAAAAAAGCAUCCAAGACAAGCUAAGCAUGUCUGAAAUAGAAGUAGGUCAUUCAUGACUCCAAUUAAUCCACAGCCAACAUGGCAGAGCCAAAGCUCCGAAUAUUUAUUCAUCCGCUUUGAAGUCAAUGGGGUUGGCCAAAAAGAUGGCACCCAACUUAGAAAAUUGGUCACCAAAAGAAAUCCAAACAUGUCUGACCUAAUUUAUUUUUCCGAAUGCUUAGAUUAUUACACACUACACUAUACCAAAGCUCACAAACAUGGAAACACACAAGUACUGAGCACAAACUUUAAAUAGACCUAAGAACAUUGGGUUUUUAUUUUAGAAACUCAGGCAUUGUUACAUUGAAUAUUUUCAGAAUGAUCCGACUUCACCCUUUGGGCUUUUAAAAAAGAUAUUGUCUUUAAAAAUAAUAUUGUCUGUGAACAUACAGUCUUGGAUCAGUACGAUUCGGUUCCCUUGAACCCAAACUAUCAAGCACAAAGACAAUAGAUGUAGAAAACAGGAACAGCUCUGGACUCUUCGCCUGUUCUUACAAGACGUGCUCGGAGU